CUCAAGGUGGGCAUAGGGUCGGCGUCCGACCGGCCGCGGUGGCUGCCGGGAGCCUGCGGGGUCGAUUCUGCCGUUAUGCUGCUCUUCUGCCCGGGCUGCGGGAACGGGCUGAUCGUGGAGGAGGGCCAGCGCUGCCACCGUUUCGCUUGCAACACCUGCCCCUAUGUGCACAACAUCACCCGCAAGGUAACAAAUCGGAAGUAUCCGAAACUUAAAGAAGUGGAUGAUGUGCUUGGUGGAGCAGCUGCCUGGGAGAAUGUUGACUCUACUGCAGAGCCAUGUCCCAAAUGCGAACAUCCUCGUGCCUAUUUCAUGCAGCUUCAGACCCGCUCUGCAGACGAGCCAAUGACCACCUUCUACAAGUGCUGCAACGCUCAGUGUGGACACCGCUGGAGGGACUAGGGCCAGGCUGGCCCAGCUGCUGUCAUUGUCUGUUUACCUUGUUCCCUGCAGUGAAUUUCCAGCCAGGAGUGUGCACUGUGUGUCCUGAGAGUCUUUGCCGGCUGGUGGAAAGCUAACCCUUUUAGGGUUGUUGGCCAGGGUGUCAGGAAAGGUAGCACAUCUGCCAGUCAGUGGAUGAAUUCAUUAAUGUGCAGGGAGAUGUAGUGUGUGGGGAGGAGUAUCCAUAACUAAAGUGCACUCUGUCUCCGGUUCUGUUCAUUCUCUUUUACAUUUAUUGGACAAUUGACAUUCUGUCACCACCAACCAAGACUGUUAAAUAUUUAUAUUGUUUGUAUAACUAAUAAAACUUACUAAUUUAGUAUAUUAGAUGUCCCUAAAUAUUUAACUGUUAUUAGCAGACUUAUUUAAUUAAAAUUUAUUCUGAAUAUUUAGUUAAAAUGAAAAGUCUAA